UCUCCGGAGCCUCCCAGGGACUUUGGGGAAAGGCUGUGCUGCAGGGCCGGCCUGGAACCGAGGUCCCACUUGCUUUUAAAGAGGAGGCAUCCGUGAAAACCUGGAUCCAGGAUCGCUGGGCCUGACCGCGCCGAGAGGUAUCCCGCCUUCCCCAAAUCUCCUCUCCGAGUCUUCGCCACAGCUCCAGGGGUGCGAACUGAAAGUGGGAAACCCGGGUGCGCAGCGCAGAGCGAGCCUCCGGCACCGAGAAGAGAGUUUUUUUGAUGCUUUCUGGUCUGAAGAAUCUCCAGCUGCUCUGAUGAUAGCUUAAGAAGACUGCAUGCUGUUCCCUCUCAAUGCCAAGCCAGGCCCACUCGGAACCUCUGAUCUCAGUCCGUCAUGGAGACCAGGUCCCAGCAGGAAUGGCAGUGGAGGAAAUUGACACCCAGAUGGUUCCUCCACAUGAAAUGGUCUCAGGCUGUGGGCCGACGAGAGAACACCUGGUAACCAGGCUCGCCCUCUGUCAGCCCACCCAGGGCAGGGCAGCAUGGUGCGGAUUCAGAGGAGGAAGCUUUUGGCAUCUUGCCUGUGCAUCACAGCGACCAUCUUUCUGCUUGUCACACUCCAGAAAUAAUUAUUGAAUACAUUUGGAGCAUUUUGAAGUGAAUCUAGGACUUCAUAUCACUUCCCCUGGAUUUACUUUGGUAGUAGUUGAGCUGGGAAAAUUUGAAAGGAAGAAGUUUAAAAGUUCCAAUUUGCGAGAUGGGCAUGCAAAAAUGGAGGAAGAGCCUACACAACUCUACCCUUUCCCUAAGAAAGAUUCUCUGAUCCUGAAUAGGAAAAAAACGUUGGAAACUGAUAGCUACCCCAUCAUGCUCUGGUGGUCCCCACUGACUGGGGAAACCGGCAGGGUGGGCCAGUGUGGAGAAGAUGCUUGCUUCUUCACCAUCAACCGGACCUAUCUACAUCAUCCCAUGACCAGAGCAUUCCUCUUCUAUGGUACUGACUUUAACAUAGAUAGCUUACCUCUGCCCCGGAAAGCCCAUCAUGACUGGGCCCUUUUUCAUGAAGAGUCUCCAAAAAACAAUUAUAAGCUCUUUCAUAAGCCAGUCAUCACUUUGUUCAACCACACUGCCACAUUCAGUCGGCAUUCCCACCUGCCACUCACCACCCAGUACCUGGAGGGCAUAGGGGUCCUGAAGUCUCACCGAUACCUGGUCCCUUUGCCGUCUAAAAACAACCUUCGGAAAAGACUCGCUCCGCUGGUGUAUGUGCAGUCAGACUGUGACCCGCCAUCGGAUAGGGACAGCUAUGUUCGAGAGCUGAUGACUUACAUUGAGGUGGAUUCCUAUGGCGAGUGUUUACACAACAAAGAUCUCCCUCGGCAGCUGAAAAGUCCAGCCUCCAUGGAUGCCGAUGGCUUCUAUAGGAUCAUCGCACAGUACAAGUUCAUCCUUGCUUUUGAGAAUGCAGUUUGUGAUGACUACAUCACUGAGAAGUUCUGGAGACCUCUGAAACUGGGGGUAGUCCCUGUGUAUUAUGGAUCCCCCAGCGUCACCGACUGGCUUCCAAGUAAUAGAAGUGCUAUUCUCGUAUCGGAAUUUUCUCACCCUAGAGAACUGGCAGCUUACAUCCGACAGCUGGACUCUGAUGACAGACUGUAUGAGGCCUAUAUGGAAUGGAAGCUGAAGGGUGAGAUCUCCAACCAGCGACUCCUCACAGCUCUCAGGGAAAGGACAUGGGGAGUGCAAGACAUCAACCAAGACAACUACAUUGAUGCAUUUGAAUGCAUGGUGUGCAGCAAGGUGUGGGAUAACAUUAGGCUUCGGGAAAAGGGCUUACCACCCAAAAGAUGGAAGGCAGAUGUUACGCACCUGAGUUGCCCGGAACCCACAGUGUUUGCUUUCUCACCUGUGGCUCCGCGUCGGAGCGCUUCUCGAGAGAUGUGGAUACCCAGCUUCCAACAGUCCAAGAGAGAAGCCCAGGCACUAAGGUGGCUGGUCGAUAGGAAUCAAAACUUUUCGGCUCAAGAGUUUUGGGGCCUAGUAUUCAAGGACUAAUUUAAAUAAGUAUCAGAAUGAUACAGACUACAGAGUUCCAGAGGUUUACUUUCUAGGUUGCCUUAAUAUUUGAAUAUCAUAGCCACUCUGUUGACUACCCUUUAGGAUGAGAAUUGCCGCAAUACUCAUAAUGAGCCCGAUGAAAUAAUAGAUAUGAACUACCCUCAGGGGUCACCUCUAUGUUUUUUAUACUCAAAAGGAAAAUACAGUAGUACCCCACUCCCCCCCUUAUCUGUAGUUUCGCUUGCCAUGGUUUAAGUUACCCACAGUUAACCGCAGUCUGAAAAUAGUAAAUGGAAAAUCCAGAAAUAAACCAUUCAUAUGUUUUAAAUUACGCGCCGUUCUGAGUAUCUGAUGAAAUCUCGCGAGGCCUUCAUCCCUGGUGGACGUGAAUCAUCCCCUUUCCAGCGUCUCUGUUACGCUGUUUACGCUGCAGACGUGCUCUCGCGUUAGGUCGUCCUGGCCGGGUUAUCGGAUGGACUGCCGGGCGCCGCCGGGCUUGCGUUUAAGUCACAUUUAGUUUAGUCAGUAAUGUCCCCGGAGUGCGGGGUGCCGGUGCUGCCCGCUGGGGCAGGCCACGGGGAAGCCGUGCAGUGCUGCCUUGCAGGGAAAAGCGGAAAGUUCUCAAUACUUUUAUGGUCUCACGUCAAAAGAAGAAGGGUGAGUACAGUACGAUAAGAUAUUGUGAGAAAGAGACCACAUUCACAUAACGUUUCGUACAGUAUAUUGUUACACUUGCCCUAUUCUAUCAUUAGUUACUGUUGUUCAUCUCUUACAAUGCCUAAGUUAUAAAUUAAACGAUCAUAGUAUAUAUCUCUAUCUCUAUCUAUAUCUAUAAUGUAUCUAUAAGGUUUGGUACUGUCUGUGGUUUCAGGCACCCGCUGCGGGCAUUGGAAGGCACCCCCCGAGGAUAAGGGGAGGUUACUGUAUUUUUCAUGGACACUGAUCAGCUUCAUUGUGCAUGUUUGCACCCAUGUACCUGCUGCGUUUUGUGGAAGUUCACGUAACGCAGAGUGAAUGCUUUCCUCGCUGAAAGGGAGGGAUUCCUGGUUCCUCACUCGUUGCAGUUUAUUGGCGUUUGGCAAACGCCAUGCCCUGAUGCUGAGCGGGAACUGAAAUGCAUGAGAACUUGGCAGUGAGAGAUUCCUUCUGUUGGUUUCGGGGAUGUGAGUGAGUUCUAAAAGCUGUGUGAAGUUGAUCCAUCUACUCUUCAAGUUGAAAGGACAUGGCCCGCCUCUGGCUUCUCCAUACUCUCAGUCACCUCUGUUAACUUUCUGAUUUUCAUUUUGCCCUGUAUCCUCCCAAUCCCCAGAGCGGCAGAAUGUUUUGUGAAGACAGUUCUCCUUCUUGUGUGUGUGUGUGUGUGUGAUCAGCGAGAUGUUCCCAACCGUCCCUUAUACCGCCGAGCAGAAUAAUAAGUGUAUGAUUCGGGCUGGACAGCCUGUGCAUUUUGAUCAAUGUGAGGGUGGAAGUGAAUGCCCCUGGGAGCUCCAGUUGUGUUGAAGCUGAUUUGUCUUUUCUCAGGAUGAUAGAUGACCUGCUGUGGUGGGCCCAUUGGUUUGUGAGCGUUCACUGUCAUUUCUGAUCCUGUCAUAGUUCAGCUGCGUUGUCUAGAGCAGCGGUUCUCAACCUGUGGGUCGCCACCCCUUUGGGGGUCAAACGACCCUUUCACAGGGGUCGCCUAAGACCAUCGGAAAACAUAUAUAAUUACAUAUUGUUUUGUGAUUAAUCACUAUGCUUUAAUUAUGUUCAAUUUGUAACAAUGAAAAUACAUCCUGCAUAUCAGAUAUUUACAUUACGAUUCAUAACAGUAGCAAAAUUACAGUUAUGAAGUAGCAACGAAAAUAAUUUUAUGGUUGGGGGUCACAACAUAAGGAACUGCAUUAGGAAGGUUGAGAACCACUGGUCUAGAGCAUCUGUCGGGGCACCACGGAAGACAAGGAGAAAGCAUGGACUCACAUUUUCUAGACGAUGCUAGAGCCUGGUGCCACCCACUGUGGCAUGGCUUCGAUACUCUUUACUGUGGAAAGAUGUAAGCUCCAGGGGACAGGAAGAGAUCUGAUACUCAUGUCCCUGACGUGGCAUAAGGGGGAAGUUUAGGGGCUCCUGCGGCCCCACCCCCCUUUUAUCGCAGACCAGUGGCUUUCCGUGCUUGGAGGCAAGAAGGGUCACAUUGCUGUUGCCCUGUGACUGGGUUCUUUCUCAGUCUUAGCUCUGCCAUUAACUAAAUAUGAUUUUGUAUGUAUCUCUUGUUACUUUUUAUUUUUUAUUAAAUAUUUAUUGUUGAAAGUAUUACAUAUGUCCUCCUUUUUCCCCAUUGACCUCUUCUAGUCUGCCUCCCCCCCCCCCCCCGCCCCCCAAGCCCUCACUACACUAUUGUCUGUGUCCAUGGGUUACGCAUAUAUGUACACAAGUUCUUUGGUUGAUCUCUUCCCACCCUGAUUUUGUACAAAUCUCUUAACCUCCCUGGAUCUUACUUAGCUUUUGUACCUAACAGGAAGUGAUUGGACUGGUCUUUGAAGUUCUUCUCUGUGUACCAUUCUUUGUUCAUCAAAAUCUAAGAAAUUUGAUUUUGUAGGUGGUUUUUUAGUAAGACAUUUCAAAGCCACUGUGUUUUCAAGGAAAGCACACUCUUUGAAGGAGGAAGAACGCUGUUGAGUGGUAUUGGGGAUAGAAAGGAAUUUAUUUCUCUGCCAUUUUAUCUGGUAAUAUCAAAGAAGAAAGGACUGGCAAGGGGGUUGUUAGUUAAAGGCCAUAUUGUUAAUUAUAUUACAUGAGGUGUUUUUUGUUCUACUAGUAGAAGAAAGCCCUAGACAUGAUUUAUGCCUCUGGUGCUGGAGCACUGUGCUGGAGGCUGUCUUGCAUAAUAGCACUUAGUUAUCACAAUAACUACUUGAGGUAGGUAGUUUCCCCCCUCCCCCCCUUACUUUUAUAAUACCAAACAAAACUCCAUGUAACCAUGGCGGAGUGAAAUUUUAAACUUUCUUAUCUGAAUGGAGAGAAGGUUUGCCACUAGCUGCUUUUUGUAGUGGUGGUGAUCUCCGGUCUCCUGGGUGGAGAUGCCCUGCUCUGGCAGGGACUUCCCCAUCAAUCCCUUCACAUAUGGCGAUGCAAGGCAAGUGGGUUCCCCUCGUUCUGGAGGAAUUUUUUGUGUUUGGAAAGAGUAGCAUCUUCACCAAGCACCCUAUUGAUGGAAAAGUCAAAACGUAUUAUGGGAAGAAGUAGAAAUUUGAGUAGAAUAGGAAGGACCAUAAAGUAAUGAUGGUAUAUUUGUGGGAACAACAAAAACUCAGAAAAAAUGAUGCUGGGAUCUUGGAAGUGACACUAUAGUAAACCGUGAUCACAAUUAUGGAAAACUGGCUUUCAAGUUCAAAGAAAAUAGUAUGUGAUGUCAAUUCCUAUGCCAUAGUUAUUAUGCCCAUCCCCCUCAUUCAAGUCUCAGGUUGAAGACCCAGACACCAUUAAUCAAGUCAGUGAUUCCUUCUACUUUGAUGCUUUCCCUCAGUUUUGUAAUUACAGAGGAUAACAUAUUUCCCUAAAACUCAUAUUAUAACCCAUCUUUUGAAAAAGCAGCACCCCAGAAUAAACUUUAUAAUAGGCCAGUGAUGGCGAACCUAUGA